AUGCGCGUCCGCUUCAGCGUCAUUGCGUUCGUUCCUCCCAACGCCCAGCUCGGGGUUGUCGGCUCUGCACCGUUUCUAGGCGAGUGGAAGCUGGACCACUGCGUCCCGUUGAUGCCCUACUCGGCGCCCCAUCCUCAGGGCCUUGAGCCGAGCCUCUGGUUUCGAGAUAUCGAUAUCGAGCCCGUAGCUUGUUCUCCCAGCGAGUCGAAUGAUGUCCAUAGCUCGCUGCGGUCUACGUCCCACACGAACGCGGACCGGAGACGGUGUGGACAGUGGCAAGGCCGGCACUGCUUCGGGUCUCCCGUCUCUGCGCCGCCGUGCGUCGAAGCCUACCCUGGAGAUUGCCCUUUCGCUGUCGAGUUACUUUCGACUUCGCAGCGUGUACUGAGCGAGUACUCUAGGCAGAACUCGCUGGCGGCGUACCCUGCGGUAGAGCAGCGGUCGCGCACCUCCUUCUCCUGCGCGUCUUCGUCUUCCUUCUCGUGCACCUCAACCGCCGCGGUGGCGGCGACAAAGGGCGUGUGGGACGCCGCCGCCUAUCGAGUGGCCACGCGAGCCCCAGAUGUUCAGGCCGUGCUGGAGAGACACCCUCUGCGUCACUGCACGUUCGAGUACAAGUUUGUGCUCUGGUAUCCUCCGAAUGGCGAAACCGCCGUGCCGUACGUCCCCGCAACUGCAGGUGAACAAGAGCCCGCCACGUAUGCGGGAGACAGCGAGGUUCUGGACAAGGAAGAAGAAGGACGGGAGUCAACUCGAUCGUGGAGAAAGUGGCUGUUUCCACCGUCGCCCUCGAGAUGCCCGUCUUCUCCUGGACCGUCGGAAUCGGUCGUUUGGGAAGGUUUUGGACCGGACAGCAACCGGAAAUUUUGUUUCGAUCCUUUCGAUGUCGUCGUGGACGUCAACGAACUCGGCAAUCUCGAGUGUCUGUACAUCUGCCGAAUCGCGCACUUCCGGGACCCAAGAGCGGGAGGAGUCGGGGAGAACGACCUGACGACUCGCUUUUACAACGCAGUGAAGAGCGAAUGCCGAAUGCACUAUUCAACGAUAUUUCCGAGAUUCUUCGUCGGCUCUUGUCCUCGGCAGCUGAAGCACAUACUCCAUCUCAAAGAAGAGCUGAAGGUGACCUGCAUUGUUAACCUGCAAACGGAGCAAGAUCUGUGCAAUAAUUACCCGGAUCCGAUUGCCAGUUCUCGGUCAGCAGAAGCCGUGAGCCAUUUGUAUGACGGCUCUGGUCUUCGAUAUGUGUGGCUGCCGACGGCAGACAUGUGUGAUUCGGCAAGGAAAAUUGCAGUGGCCAAUGCUGCUUUUCUCCUCCUGGGUCUCGUCAAGAGCGGCCACUCGGUGUACAUCCACUGCAACGCUGGCGUUGGACGCAGCGUGGCCGCGGCGUGCGCCUUCCUGUGUUUUUCCGUCGGCCUAGAUUUGCGAAAAGCAAAUUUUUUGAUUUGCGCGAGGCGCCCGGUCGCCUACUGGGACGAGAAAGCCAUGAAAUACGGCAUCAGCGACUACCAGGCAAAGUUCGGUCAUUGUCGGAUCGUGGGAGAGGAAGCUAAGGAUGAGAGACAAUGCACUUAA